UUUACAUAAGCCUCAUUAUAACCCAAGGGGGGAAAAAUCAUGUAGUAAUUAUACAAAAAGAAUAAAAAGUCAAAAUACAGACAACGAAAGUCAUCUAAUCACAAAAGAAACCAGCAGGAUAAGAAGAAACAAUGAAUCUACCAAAAAACCCAAAAACAAAACAACAAAUGACAAUAGUACACCCUUACCUAUCAAUAAUUACUUUGGAUGGCGGAAUGGGCUCUCACGUGGAGGCGGGGAAGUUUGGCCUUCGGGAAUGAUCACUAAGACUCACAAGGGAGACCUGGGCCUUGGGCUCCCAGAGAAAAAGAAGAAGAAGAAAAAGAAGGUAGUUAAAGAACCAGAGACUCAACACUCGGUUUUAAACAGUGACAGUUAUUUUGCAGAGGUUUGUCCCACAAGAGCCACAUCACCCUCGAAGAAUAUGGUCCAAGAGCAGGCACCCGAAAUGCCUCUAAUGAAGAAAAAGAAGGGCCACAGCACCGUCUGCGAGGAGCCCCUAGAACCUGAGACCAUGCUACGUGCCAGACGGAUUGAGCCAUCGCCCAGCCCCAGGAAGCAGGCACUUGGUCCAUCUGAGUCCCUCGGUAGGGAAAAGAAGAAGAAGAGAAAGUCCGUGUCCCCUGGCUCAAGGGUGAAGACCUCCCCAGACCCCAGGCAGGGCGAGGGGGUGACCAGAGCUGGCAAGAAGCUCAAAAAACACAAGAAGGAGAAGAAGGCACAGGGAGCUACAGCCUUCUCAGCCAGGGACCCUUGGUUCUGUGAGGCCAGGGAUGCUUUGUACACUUGCUCAGCUGGGAAAGGCGGCGUCCCUGAGCAGGCAGCCUCGGGACAGAAACGGAAGCAGGGGAGCCCCAGGGAACACAACAUGAAGAUGAAGAAGAAAAAGAAAAUCCACCAGGAGGGAGAUAUCCCCCUGGGGCACCCUGAGCUCUCCAGGUCUGUGGAGAGCAGCAGUAGGAAAGGAAGUAAAAAGAAGUCAGUCAAAGUUGAAGCUCCAGAAUACAUCCCAAUAGGAGAUGACCCCAAGGCCCCUGUGAAGAAGAAAAUGAAGUCCAGGAAAAAGACAGAGCAGGCAGACACUGAGGAGCCCGCUCUGAAGAGGAAGAAGAGGCAGGAGAGCAGAGUAGCAGGAGAACCUUGGGAGGAGCAGCCAGACACGGACUUGGAGGUAGUGUUGGAAAAGAAGGGCAACAUGGACGAGGCGCACAUAGACCAGGUGAGGCGAAAGGCCUUGCAAGAAGAGAUCGAUCGUGAGUCGGGCAGGACGGAAGCUUCUGACACCAGGAAGCAGACGGGAACUCAGUUUGGCCAAUGGGAUACUGCUGGCUUUGAAAACGAGGAACAGAAACUGAAAUUUCUCAAACUCAUGCGUGGCUUUAAAAAUCUGUCCCCUUCAUUCAGUCACCCCCCUAACAUGGUCGGCAGGCCCAACAUGGCCCUCAGCAAGAAGGUGGCCGACACCCUGCAGCAGAAUCUGCAGCAAGACUACAACUGGGCCAUGAGCUGGAAGUAUAACCGGAGGGCCGGCCUCAGCUUCUCCACGGCUCUGGACAAAAUCUUUUAUAUUGACAGGAGUGCAUCCAAGUCAAUCAGGUUUGAAGGUUAAACUCUCGUCUUGUCCCCCAAAGCGGUUCUGUUAUGCAGAUGAAAGCCAUAGGACAGUUGUCUCAAAUCGAACUCCUGCAGAGAUAAAGGACAACUAUGUUGAUGUGCUUGGAAAAACUGGGGUGAGGGCAGCUCGUUUCAGCAACCAGGAGAACAUGUGAGUGGCUGAAACCUACUGUUUUCUGUGUGAAGCUUCCAUCCCUGUUGAAGACAGUGAGUAUCAAUAGCAGUAGCUCACACUCGUCUAGGGCUUACUGUGUGCCAGGCACAUAUGUCUCCCUUGCAUUAACGUAUUUAAUCUUCAUGAUUCUGAAACAGGUGCUGUUAUUAUCCCCAUCUUAUAGAUGAGGAAACUGAAGUUCAGGAAUGAAGUAAUAACAUUGCCUGGGGUCACCCAACCAGUAAGUGCCAAGCGCACUUUUGUGCCCCAAGACCGAUGUCACUGUUCACCACACUGAAUGUCCCCUCUAGGGAAUUUCACCCAGAAUACUCAUUGAGGAUUAAAAUGUCUCAACUGAGGAAACAGAAGCUUUUUACAUGCCUAAAACUGAAACAGGAAGCAGGAUUAAUGUAAACAGGGAGAAGCAAGCUCAUUUUCCCUCCCCCUUCUUGGAGUAGCCACAGGCAAAGAGGCCUCUGGAUUGCCACCAAGCAGAUGCGGCUGAGCUUCCUCUGCUGCUGGGAAAUGUGCUUCUAAACCCAUCCUGCCUUUUGCGUCUGCCGUCCUUCCAUCCCCAGUGGCAAGCUUGCAUUUCAGCUUUCUGCUUUAACUGCAUUCUGAACAGGCACUUUAGAGAGCAGGUGGUUAGUCCUCCACGUGAACCGAAGGCACAUUAAUUCCCAGGGACGUGUUUAUUGGAUUCUUUUCAAACAUGAGGAGGAGAAUCCCAGGCGACUUCCCUGGAGGAGGUCGAAUGCCGGGAGGCACAGAUGUGGGGAUGACAGGGCCUUGCCUCAUCAGCCUGGGAUCAGUGUUUCCAAGCCUUGAUGCUACAGCCAGCCUCACAAAGCUCCAGGUAUAGCCACCCGAGUGACAUGUGACCACCUUCUCCGCAUUCACCUAGCAUUUUACUUCCCAAAAUAUCAGUUGUGAUUGGGCCUUUUUCACACCACUUGGCUUGAACUCCUGCUACAGACAUCCUGUCUCAGGCAGGCCUGGACGGCCAGGAAAUUCAGUUCUUUCACGUGGCAGGGAGUGCUGUCCUGUCAUAGGGGGUUGAUUCAGCUUCCCAUGAAGGAAACAAGUGUUUCCUCUCUGCUCCAUCAUCCUCAGUGUUGGCUUCAUCAGGCUGGUGGAAAGAUGGCUGUAGCAAUUCCAGGCAGCGUAUCAAGACACUAGACCAUUACAGAGGAAGAAGAAAAACCUUCUUGUGGUUCAAGGAAACUUCCAGAAGCCCUUUGUCAUAACUCAUUGCCCAGGAGUGGGUCACAUACCCAUUCUUGAGCGAGCCCCUGGCAUGUGGAGGGAGACUCUCAGGCCAGUCAGGAAGGAAGACUGAGGUUUGGAUGCUGGUGAACACGGGUCCACUACUGUCCCAUGGGGCAGAGGUGAGGCAGGCCUGCCUGGGCCCUGACCAACAAGCAUCGGCCAGGUCUAGAGUCCUACGAGUCUGUGUUAGCAGUGAUUCAGGUGGGCCACUUCCCUCAGAAGGUGAACUUGGCCUUUCACGGAUUCAACCUUGAGAUGCAUAACGGAAGAGGUCUACAUGGUAAGAUUCUGCAUUUGAGUUAGCUUCAGGGCACAUCCCCUUCCGACAGGGGAAUAAAUCUUUCCCAGUCUUGAUCCACACUACAGGAACUUGCCCAGUGUAAAAGGGACCAACCACUGCUUCUCUAAUCAUUUUUAUCUUGCUGAGAGAUCACACUACAGUUUGAGCCUGCUCGGCUGUCAGGAAGGAUUGUGCUCAGCCAUCUACCGGGUGCUUCCGGAGAGUGGCUGAGCGAUUGUCCCUGACCUAUCCCCACAGUGGUAGCUCUCAUUAGGGUGUGGUGGUCAGGCCUUUCCCCUCUUGCUGUUCGGUAUCUUCAGUCUCUGUGUGAUAGGAUUUGACUUUCUAGCUCAGUGUGAAUGAAUGAGCUCCACUUGGCUUGGGAAGGUUUAUUAAAGUCUGUUCCUGAAGCAGGGUGUAAGCAGAGAAGGCUGGGCAGCCCAGACGGCAAGAUGCCAAGUGUCCUCAGAUUGAAC